UCGGCUCGGCUCCGGCUGGGCGAGCCUUGUUCCGCGGUCGGCGUCUAUCAGGCCCCGCGGUGACCCGAGCUGCAGUGCGCUGACCUCGUCUGCCUCGAGAGCUGUGGCCGAAGCACGCGGUGCUGGCGCCGCAAAGUCAGGAGCGAGGACGGAGGCGAUGUGGCUGCAGAUCCGGGAGAUGGAGGCAGCCAGUCUCCCCCGAGUCCCCGCGCCGCCCAUUCAUGGGCUGGAGCAGCCGGACGUGCCGAAUCCGUCCAGUUUGAAGAAAGCGGGACGGUACAGACUAGUCCGGCCUCACUCCCUCCUACCCGCCCCGAGCAGCGUCCUCACCGGACCGCGUGUGUUGGGAGCUGGGGUCCGCCGGGGCUGCGGAGGUUCGGCGUCUCCGCUGGGGGAGGGCGGGCGCCGGUCCUUGGACCCUCCCCCUGCGGGGUCGGACGGGUCCCUGCGUGGGGGUGAGGCGGCGGGGAGACCGUUUCCCUCGCGUUCUCUCUUCUCCCGCAGCCCUCCGGUCCUGCCACCGCCCGCGGGGCGCACACAACCGACCGUGGGGACGGCCGCCAGGGUCCGGACGGCUGCCGUCUGGGUCCCACCUCUCCAAGAACAAGACAGUUCAUGCAAUAGCAUCAGAAAACUCCAAGGUCAGGAAUCCAUCCCGGGUCAAGGGACUGCUGACCAGAGGCCUCUCCCUGGAGGACCCUGGCAGACGCACAAGAGACACAGGACAGAGCAGGUUCUAGAGUGGCUGCUUAUUUCCCAGGAGCAGCCCCAAACCACCAAGUCCUGGGGACCAUUCUCAUUCACGGAUGUGUUUGUGGACUUUACCUGGGAAGAGUGGCGGCUGCUGGAUGUAGCUCAGAAGCACCUGUACAGGAGAGUGAUGCUGGAGAACUAUAGCAACCUGGUGUCCCUGGGGCAUCAGCACACCAAACCUGAUAUCAUCCUCAAGUUGGAACGAGGAGAAGAGCUGUGGAUGAUGCAGGCCCAAAGCCCAAGUCAGGGCCGUCCAGGCAAAGUCUGGGAAAUUGAUGAUCAUAUGAAAGGGCAUCAAGAAAAUGAAGGCAAGCUGGAAAGGAUGGCAGAAGGCUAUGAAUGUACUGCAUUUGGAAAACUGUGUUUUGUUGGUACAAAUCAUGUUUCUUCAAGACAAAAGCUUCAUAACUGUGGUACACAUGGAAAGAGUUUGAAAUAUAAUAUAGAUUUCAAUGUUAAUUAUGUUGGAAAGACUCCUAAUGAGUUUCAUCCACGUAGGGAAUCAUUCCUCUGUUCUGAACAUGAGCAAACUGUUAUUGGAAUAAAAUACUGUGAAAGUAAAGAAUCUAGGGAAACUGUCAACAGGAAGUCACCACUCAUAUGCCAACAGAUAUGUAUGGGAGGAAAACCCUUCAAAUGCAGUUACUGUCGGAAGGCUUUCAGCAGCAACUCAUACCUUGUAGUGCAUCAGCGAACUCACGUGGAGGAGAAACCCCACGAAUGUAAUGGAUGUGGGGAAGACUGCAGCAGUAAGUCCUACCUCAUGCUACAUCAGAGAUCUCAUACAGGAGAGAAAUGCCAUGAGGGCAGUGAAUGUGGGAAAACUUUUAGUUUCAAUUCACAACUUGUUAUACAUCAGAGAAUUCACACAGGUGAGAAUCCCUAUGAAUGCUGUGAAUGUGGAAAAGUCUUUAGCAGGAAGGACCAGCUUGUUUCACACCAGAGAACUCAUUCAGGACAGAAACCCUAUGGGUGUAGUGAAUGUGGGAAAGCUUUUGGUUUGAAAUCACAGCUCAUUAUACAUCAAAGAAUUCAUACAGGAGAGAAACCCUAUGAAUGUGGUGAAUGUCAGAAAGCCUUUAAUACAAAGUCAAACCUUAUGGUACAUCAAAGAACCCACACAGGGGAGAAACCGUAUGGUUGUAGUGAGUGUGGGAAAGCCUUCACUUUCAAGUCACAGCUCACUGUACAUCAGGGAGUUCACACAGGAGUAAAGCCCUAUGGGUGCAUUCAGUGUGGGAAAGCCUUCAGUCUGAAGUCCCAGCUUAUUGUACAUCAGAGAAGUCACACAGGAAUGAAACCUUAUGUAUGCAGUGAAUGUGGCAAAGCUUUCAGGAGCAAGUCCUACCUCAUUAUACAUGUGAGGACUCAUACAGGAGAGAAACUCCAUGAAUGCAGUGAAUGUGGGAAAGCCUUCAGUUUCAAUUCGCAACUCAUUAUACAUCAGAGGAUUCACACAGGAGAGAGCCCGUAUGAAUGCCAUGAAUGUGGGAAAGCCUUCAGUCGGAAAUAUCAGCUCAUUUCACACCAGAGAACUCAUGCAGGGGAGAAGCCCUAUGAAUGCAGUGACUGUGGAAAAACUUUUGGUUUGAAGUCACAGCUUGUUAUACAUCAGAGAACUCAUACAGGAGAGAAACCCUUUGAAUGCAGUGAAUGUAGCAAAGCCUUUAAUACAAAGUCAAAUCUUAUUGUACACCAGAGGACACACACAGGAGAGAAACCUUAUGGUUGUAGUGAGUGUGGGAAAGCCUUCACUUUCAAGUCACAGCUCACUGUACAUCAGGGGGUUCACACAGGAGUAAAGCCCUAUGGAUGUAAUCAGUGUGGGAAAGCCUUCAGUCUGAAGUCCCAGCUCAUUGUACAUCAGAGAAGUCACACAGGAGUGAAGCCCUAUGGGUGCAGUGAAUGUGGGAAAGCCUUCAGGAGCAAGUCCUAUCUCCUUAUACACAUGAGAACUCAUACAGGAGAGAAGCCACAUGAAUGCAAUGAAUGUGGGAAAUCCUUCAGUUUCAAUUCACAACUCAUCGUACAUCAGAGAAUUCACACAGGAGAAAAUCCGUAUGACUGCAGUGAAUGUGGGAAAGCCUUUAAUAGGAAAGAUCAGCUCAUUUCACAUCAGAGAACUCAUGCAGGGGAAAAACCUUAUGGGUGCAGUGACUGCGGGAAAGCCUUUAGUAGCAAGUCAUACCUCAUUAUACACAUGAGAACUCAUUCAGGAGCGAAGCCAUAUGAAUGUAACAAAUGUGGGAAAGCCUUCAUUUGGAAGUCUCUACUCAUUGUACAUGAACGAACUCAUGCAGGGGAAAACCCUUAUAAGUGCAGUCAAUGUGAGAAAUCCUUCAGUGGAAAAUUACGGCUGAUUGUACAUCAGAGAAUGCACACAAGAGAGAAACCGUAUGAAUGCAGUGAAUGUGAUAAAGCCUUCAUCAGGAAAUCUCAGCUCAUUGUACAUCAGAGAACUCAUUCAGGGGAGAAACCCUAUGGAUGUAAUGAGUGUGGGAAAACCUUCUCUCAGAAAUCAAUUCUGAGUGCACAUCAGAGGACUCACACAGGAGAGAAACCUUGUAAAUGCACUGAGUGUGGGAAAGCCUUUUGUUGGAAGUCACAGCUCAUUAUGCAUCAGAGAACUCAUGCAGAUGAGAAACAUAUUGAUGAUUUAAAUGUAAGAAACUUUCUCUCAAAAGUCAGUUCGCAGGAAAUACCAGCUAACUCCUAUAGAAGAGAAAUUCUAUAAAUGGAAUCAUCUCUUACCCCAGAAAACUCACGCUGAAUGGAACUAACCUUAUGAACAUAUAGCAUGUAGAAGAGCAUCUGCAGAAAGCUGUAUUUUAUACAUUAAAAAAACAUCAGUCAAUGCACACAGGAACCUUGUGAAUUCAGUGUACUCUAUGAAAAUUUUCAGCACAUCAUACCGUUUUAGGUUUAUAAGGUGAAGAACCAUAUGAAUGAAAUUAAUGUUAGUCCUUUUUAAUUAUAAAACUCACAAAGAGGAAAUUCCAUAAAGCUAAUGAAUAUAGAGUACAGUCAUUUGAAGUUCAUAGUUUUUUAAACAUUAGGAUUUUAAUGAGAAAAUAUAAGACCAAUGAAUGGCAGAAUUAUCAGAAUUACAAACACUUGAGGUAUCAGAAGCUCAUACUUUGGAGAAAUGAUGCUAUAAGUUAGGGAAAUUCUUCAUCUAGAAAUGACAAAGUUCUAGCAAAAAAAAAUAUGAUGAUCUUCAAAUGUGUCAAAUGGGAUAAAGCCUCACUAGGAGGGUUCCCUUUGUUAUUAUUUUGAUUAAUUUGGAAAAAUAAUGUCCUUUACAAAUUGUUUAAGGGUUGCAGAUGUUCCAAACUUUUAGGAAAAGAUUGGAGAAAAUAUUCAACUAAAAAUGAUAGGCAUGUUAUAAUAGAAUAUAAAGAUUUUUUUAGCAUGUAAGUAAGUGUAAUAGUCAUGUGUCACUUAAGGACAGGGACAUGUUCUGAGGAAUGCGUUGUUAGACAAUGUCGUGUGAACAUCACAGAGUGUAGUUACAACUAGAUGGUAGUUAUGGUACUAAUCUUAUGGGACCACUGUCAUAUAUGUGGUCCAUCAUUGACUGAAACAUUGUUAUGCAGUUCAUGAUGGUAAUCAGGAUAACAAUAAGAAAUACAUCAUAAGAUCUUCAGGGAUAUUUAGAUGUUACCCUCCUCUCUGUACUAUAUGAGUCUUGUAUAGUUUGGCAUUUUGCUUGUGAAUGCCACAUAUGAUAGGUUAGAUAGUACAUAAGCAUUUCCCAGGCAUUUCUACUCUGCAUAGCAGCAUUCUUCUUAACAAAUACAACUUGUUAUUAGAAUAAUAUGACUUAUUAAAAAUAUAUUUUGAUAGUACAGACCUUUCUUAUUAUUUUGUACCCUUUUUUAAGGCCUGGCAGGUACCUCUUUAGUUAUAUAUGUCAAUAUAGUGCACAUUUCAUGUGUUUGUGUAGCUGGAAUCUUCUGCCCUCACUGGUUAGAACAUCCUGAUAUCCUUUAAGAGAAAUAAUCCUUCCCCAUGUAUGCAGUCAAGUAGUCUGAGAUACUGUGCACUUUAAAUUGUUAAUGGACUCUUUAUGUACAGAAAAGCAAAAUGAGCCUUUGUUUUCUGGUACCAUCUUGCUUCAAUUAUUAAUUCAUUCCUUGUACAUAGGUUACCCAGAAUAGUCUUAUGGUUAUCUUUUUUUUUUUUUUUUUUUUGAGGACGAUUAGCCCUGAGCUAACUGCUG